AUGUCAGCUGCGUCUACCUCAGCAGCAGGCGCCGAGGCGCACGCCGUGGCUCGUAAGCCCUCCAAGCUCCUCGCGCGAUCCAACACGCUGCAUCGCUCACCUCACGGCCACAGCGGAUCAGGCGCCGGUCUGUGGCUCGCCAACAGCCCCAGUCCCGACUCGAGCACGUUUGCCAUCGACAAAGAUGCCAGCCCACUAGCGCCACUCUCGCUUCCAUCCAACACCACCCACGACGAGGCCACAGAUACGGCCCAAGCCACACACAAGCACGCCAAAAAGGUCUACCACUUCUCGGCGCAGCUUGCACGCGCGUCCUUCGGCGCCCCUUUGGCACUCGGCGCCAGCAGCUUGGAUUCGACAUACGUCGUGGCGCCAGCCAGCAGUGCAGGCCGAGUCUCGUCCGACUCCGGCGAUGUGGAUCUCGACUUGUCCUUCGACUACAUCUCGCGCUUCGACCGCGAGUCGUCGUCCGAGGCGCCCGAUUCCAGCGGCUCGGCAUUGGAAACGUCGCACGACCGCAACUUGCCCCUAAGGAGCCACUUUUCGCCAGACGACACGCCCGAAUCCAUCCUCGCCCCUGCACACCAUGAUGCCAGCCACAUUUCAACGCCUCCAAGGCCAAGCCAAGAGAACUCGAACGUGGCGACCGCAGAUAAAUCGCUGUCCGCGUCGCCCGACGCACGCACAUCACCGUCGCCCAACAGCAAGCUCAUGCGUAGCAUGCGCCAAGAUGCCGAUUGGGACAAGCGCAGGAAGGCUCCUCCAGCGCCACUUGACUUGACGCCAGGUUCCGAGGCCAAACGCCAGCGUCAGCUCGCCAUGACCGCAUCUGAUGCUCGUGCGGCCGCGCACGCCCGACCGGCUGCGGAGUUGCGUCCGUCUAGCGGCGAGCUGGUGGGUCAGAGCAUCUUCUCUCCCAUCACUCCCGCCACGGCCAUCGUUCCACCGAUUGCAGCGCUCGGUUCGCAUCCUCAGCUCGAACCCUUGCCCAUAACGCCGCUCAGCGCAACACGCCGAGGCGCGGCCAUCAAUAGGCUUCCCGACAAUGCAUUCGAGGUCGAGAAGAACCAGCUUGAAGCUACGCCCGAUUCAGCCGCCGUGCGUAGAGCAGCAUCCACCUCGGCAGCACGCAUUGGCACCAGGCAGAGCUCAGAAGCACUAAGCCGCACACCCACUGCCAGUCACUCGACAGCAUCGUCCGCCAAGGCUACACCCGUGCAAGCGCGGAGGGCGCGCUCGCACUCGACACGCUCCUUCCGCGCAUCGGCCUCGCUCGCGUCGUUGGGGCCACCGCCCUUCCCACCGCCCAACGAGCCGCUGCCGUCGCCCGCACUCAGCCCGUCGUUCCACGACUACUCGUUGCCUUCCACCUCGGCGUACCACACCGCCAUCGACGCUGGCGAGUCGCGCAGCAAUGCACGCACGGCAAGACCGUCGGUGUCGUCGGUCGACUUUAGCGAGCCUGCCCGCUCGAUUCGGUCCAGAACUACGCACGCCGGUCGCAGCAGCCUCGACUCCUUCCGCACCGCGCUUUCGGACGGCAUGACUGGCGCUGCCAGCUCGGGCAGCAUCCACGGCCAUCAUGCGGCAUGGACGACAGAAGGUCUACCCAUGCCUCCACCACUGCCUCCUCUCGAGCGAUACGAGGCACUCUUCCCGAGUGGGAAUGGCUGGACAGCGCCAGCGCCACCUACCGUCCCUGCAGGUCUGGAUGGAGCAACGCCUGUCUCGUCGAACGACAUGCUCGGUAUCGGCGCAACGAGCUCGAUCAACACAGCCUCGACGCUCACGUCUGUACCGAUGACAUUGAGCAGCACCGUUGGCUCGGCGACAACCAUGACGUGGAGCAUGUCGGAUCGCUCAACCCCAUCGACGCAUCACUCGCCGUUAACACCUUUUACGCCAGUAUUUGCCGAGAUGAUCGUACCGCCGGGCGCGACGACAAAGACGCAAAUGGCAACAGCCACGCAUGCUGAGAUGCCGUCGCUUGGCACGGCAGCGACCGAUAUGGACACUGGUGUCGGUGGUCGGGGAGCGCGCAACACCGAACAGUGGAUCCUCACUCAGCGUCAACGCAAGGCACUCUUGCAGCAGCAGGAGCUUGCUGCCGACCAGCAGAUGCUCGACGCAGGCCACGAGGCUAUGCGGCUCUCCAUCCGCGCAGACGAGCGCCCCAGCCGCGGCCUCAACUCUAGGGCCGAGAGCGCUGCGACCAAGCCAGCCCAGGACGGCUUCGGCGAGGACAGGACGAGGCAGGACUCGCGCAGUACCGAGAGCACAGAUGAUGACCAUCCAUCGAGAUUAAGGCAGACGCUCGUCAUCUCGACUGUCUCGACGCCAGACGAGCGCGACGAGCCGUUCCGAUUCGGAUCCACGCAGACCGCGCCGUCGUUGCUCGCUGCGGACAACAGAGCCGCAAUGGAGAGGGCCGCGUCGCACAGUGGCGUGCUUGCCUCUACCGCAGCAGGGCCCGUGCCCAUGACGCGCAAUCGAAGCGGCACCAACGGUCCGUGGCCACAGUCGCCGCUGCUUCUCGACCCCAAGUCGCCCGCUGCAUCUCCCGCUCCCACCACCAUCGUCCACAGCAACUACGCCACACCGCAGCUCGAGUCCGAUGGCCACAAGAUCGCGACGCACGCUUCCGGUGAUGAAUCUACAGUGCAGGGUCUGGGUCUGGACUUGGAGUACCCAGCGCAAGUCGGUGGCAGCGCUAUGGAGGCCCCCAAGGGCUUUGCGCCCAUCACCACCGAUCUGCUGCGCCAGGCUUCGCGAUGCAUGACGCGGUUUCCGCACGACUCGGCUUCGCCACACCUCUCGAUCACCAUGUCGCCUGAUGCCGAGGCGCUUGGUCGCUCGCGCUCCAAGUCGCGCGAGGCGGUGCUGACGCGCACGAGCCGCCACGACCUGCACCACGCUCAGCUCGGACUAGGACUCAACUUUGCCGGCCCGAGCCCCGUUCUGCCCAACGACUGCCGCUCACCGCGCACUGCAAGCGGGCUCGACAAGGGUAGCGCUGCCCCCGCCGGUCUCGACUCGCUCCUUACUGGGCCCGUGCCUGCAUCGGCAGCCGAGGUGAUCGUCAACCGUGCACACGUAGGCACCGACCGCGCCCUGCUCCACUCCCAGAGCAUCGCCUCGUCCAUCUCGGCGUUUGCGUACAACCCCACGCCUGCGGGCCCGAAUACCGCAGAUGCGAACCGCAGCCUCCAGCCUCCAAGGGGCAAGGGAAGCAACGGAUGGCGACUCAACCCACGGCGCAGCCGCGAUCACGGCAGCAUGCUCGCGGCGCCCAUGCGUGGCGGCAGCGACGCCGAUGUCAAGUUCGUCAACAUCGAUCUGGAUGAUGGCGGCCUCGAGACAGAGGUGGCUCUGGACCGCGGCGAUGCGCGCAGGGCUGCCGAGCAGGGCAAGGCCGGUCAGUGGGUCAGCAAGCUCUGGACCGCCGUCUCCUCGCCCCGCCGGACAUCGUUCAACCUCGGUGCGGCAGUAGGCGAUCAGAGCGUCGACCUCGAGCUCGCCAACACCUCCGAGGAGGCCGAGCACAAGGAGGCGCCUGCGCCGCUAGAAGAGCGCAAGGCUUCCCGGGGCUCGUUCCGGCCGCUGUCGCUGGUGGAGAAGCGCCAGAGCAGCGGCAGGUACAAUGUCGAUUUGCAGCGACAGAGGUUCCGCUCGCCGACGCCGGGCGAGGAGGACGAGGUGGCGGAGAAGGAUGCCCGUGCCGUCGCGCUGCGGCUUCUCGCUGGCUCGCCGCGGCUGCCGGCCCCGGCCGAGGCCGAGGCUAUGGAGGCAUGUGAUCCUCCAACGCAGGAUGGCGCCGAUGUGUCGGCGGAAGAGCGAGAGAAGGAGCGCAUGGAUGCACUCAAGAAGCUGCGCCGCAUGAGCGCCGUCGAGCGUCAGCGCAAGCGCAACUCGGGCAUCGGCUACAUUGUGUCGGCGCAGGAGCCGACGCGUCUGCCAUACGUGCAUGACGGUGCUGAAGGCGAGGCACACCGCAAGCGCGAGUCGAUCCUGCGCCAGGGCGGACUGUCGAGGACCGCAAGCCUCACCAGCAAGAGGAUGUCCAUGACCACGUUUGGUGGAAAGGAGCGCGCCGACACGGUGCCCGCGACGGCAGCCGACGAGCCACCGCAGGUGGGAGCGGAGCGUGCGUGGCUCGAUGCACUGCGGUCGCCACGCGUGGCAGAGAGCCCGUCGGGCUACACUCCGCGUAUGGCGUUCGAGCCACACGAUUGGGCUGCGAAUGAGCGCCAGGAGCAUACGCCUGCGAACCAUAUCCCGCUUCUGCUCGCCGGUAGCGCAGCACCUGCCCAGCGUGCAGUCCCGGCCCCGGCCCCCGCGAAUGGAAUCGGCAUGACGGUUUCGGAGCUCGAUCGCGCGCGCGACGAGAUGCGCCGCCUUGCCGGACAGGGCGCGACAUGGAACGACGCGCAUGCUCAGCAUGCGGGCGAGACAUUCCACACGCCGAUGCCCGAUACGGGCGAGAUGGCGGACCCGUGGUCGUACUCAGGACAAGACGCGGCAGCCAGGAACAAGCACGAGCACCGACGCGUCGCCACGACGGAACUGGGCGACUUUGGCAUCAGCCCCGAGAAGCAGCCGCGCCUGCACCGGCGCACGCGCACCGCGCGUUUUGCGGUCGAUGACGACGACGACGAGCAGCCGGCAGUGUCGAUCUUCACGCGGGCGGCGUCGCAGCAUCGCGCGCGCGCGUCGGGCAGCUUCUCGAUGCACCAUGGUGCGGGCACGCAGCCGCCACUGACUGCGGCCCAUGCUGGGUACAAGCGCUCGAGACGCGGGGGCGAGGGAGGCGGACUGUUUGCUACGCCUGCAUCGCUGCUCGAGGGCACGACGCCAAGCAAGAACAUGUUCUGGGCAGGCUUCCUGGGCAUGCCGUGGCUGUGGAUGAUCGGAGGCUGGUACCUAACGCCCGAUGGUCAGCUGCGUCAUCCGUCGAGCGACACGCGUGCGCGCGACAAGGUGGACGUCUGGCAGCACGAGCCCAGCAUGCAUCCGCACUCGGCAAGCUCCAGCCCCAACCCGGGCUCCUCAUCCACGUUUGUGGGCGGCGCGAGCUAUGAACAUGACUGGACGCACGAUGCGGGUGCAUCGCAGAGCGGACUGGGCUUCGAGAUGAGCGGCAUGCCGUCGGGUAUGUCGUAUGCGCCUUCGUCGGUGGGCACGAGCAACAGCGCAAGGACGACGAGUAGCAAUGCCAACCAGCCGCCGCCGAGCAAGGUGCGGAAAAGCAAGACGCGCAGCCUCGGCUCGCUGCUCGACACCAACCCGCAGGUGAGCUUCUUCCAGUCGCCCGUGCGCGCUGUACCGGAGGCGGCUCCCGGCUCGACAUGGCACGGCCGCGCAAUGGAGCCCGUUGAGGAGGUCGAGGAGCCGCGUCGCAGCCGCCUCUUUGCGGCCCACGCCGAGCAGGCCCUACCGUCCGAACUGGAGUUCGACGGCAUGCAGCGGUCGAACGAGAUGGCACCGCCCAAGGUGCAGGGCUACCAGGUGGCCGUGGCGACCAGGUCGGCCGUGGCGACGCCGUGGCGCGAUCUGGAGCGGUACGUGCUGCUGAACCGCGUCGCGGCCAUCUUGUCGGGCGUGCUGUGGCUGCGCACCCAGGCACUCAAUGCGCGGCUGGCGAGCUCGGGCAAGCCGCUCGACAGCCGCAUCAGAGGUAGGUACGAAAAGCUCGUCCAGAUCCAGCUGCAACAGCAACAACAGCAACAGCAACAGCAGCAGAUGCGAGAGGGUGCGAGGGCAGUUGCGGAAGCGACACGAGCGUCCGUUCCGCCACGGAAGCAACUCAUCGAGGCGAUUCGUGGCGGAGAUGGUGCGAGCGGAAAGGCGACGGCACCUCGCGGGCUCACCUCGUACGAUGCCGUGCGGUGGCUUUCAUCCCAGAGCGGCCCGGCCCGCAAGGCAGGCGGUGAUGACACUGGUGCCACACUGGCCGCAGUGGACGCGGCCAAGUCUCCCACGACGGGCAGCUCCGGCAACGGGUCGCUGCUCAUGGCAGGCGCUGCGGCAGCGCUGGCGGCAACGUCGUCUGGCUCUGGCCUCGGCGGCUUGAUGAGCGCAAUGCUCUCUCCUGCCGCCGCAGCCGUGGCCGCGUCGGAGCCAGAGACUACGCCGCUGCUCGGGACGUACAACCAGCUCGUCUUCCUGCGCGCCAUCUUCCGCAUCGUGUUCCGCGUGAUUGUGCUGGUGCGCGUCGCGCGCUUCCACAACUCGCCCACACCGCUCUCGUCGCUCGUGCUCGGAGAGCUUCUGCGCUAG